AUGAUUUUGAAAUCAUUUGACUUUCACUCUCUCAAGACUUAUUUACGAAUUCUUGUUCUUCUAUUCAACGCAAAUAGACUCUCUGACAAUAUCCCCACUAUGGACCUAAUUUACGCAGGUGAAAACUGCUCAGCUGUAACACCCUUUCGGUGCCCAGCUGCCAGGGCACUCGAGGGAAGCAUGAAGGCUAGGAUAGUGCCAGGUUGCCCAAGCCUAGAUAGGGAAAGUCGGGAGGCGGGUUCGAACCACGGACCUUCCGACGCAAAGCGGAGUUACAAGAAAACAUAUUACUCGCAUGCCUCAUCAGUAGUACCCCCCGUUACACAG